AUGAAAAUAGACAUAGAUGACUAUUUGCAAAAAGAGUUUGAUGUGGAAAAGAGUGUGCCUCAUGUAACGUUGUUGGUGUCCGAGGGCGUUGAGCAGAAGCAUAAACGGCUGUCUGUGUGUUCCAACAAUUCAACUGUCUCCCAGUCUGACUCAGCUCACAGCUCUACAAAUGACCCCACCUUUAUCUCACCUGAAGAACUCCAAACCAUAGAAAAAGCACUAAAGUGGCCAGCCCCUCCUACAUCCAUGAUUGCAGCCAAUCAGACAACAAGCCCCUACACAACCUCAUAUGAUUUGCAGAACCCACGCACAAGCUACAGUGUUGGGGACAUUAUCACAGUGGUCAUAACGGCAAGAGAUGGUUUAAAGAACUCAAAAACGUAUGGUGGAGAUUUCUUUCAAGCAAAGCUGUUUAACACAAAAUUGAAAGCAAGUGUAUAUGGGGAGGUGACUGAUCACCACAACGGCACUUAUACUGCUACCUUCAAGCUGCUCUGGGAAGGACAAGCCAAGGUCUCAAUACGGCUGAUACACUCCAGUGAAGCUGUACAGGUGCUGCUCAGACACAGAGAGCGAGAUCCAGACAAGGUGUUCUUUGUAGGUGUGUUCAGAGGGGUCGAUCACCAGGAAAAAGUGGUUUGUAAUGCUCAGAGGAGUGAGAGGUUGUUAAAGGCAUCUCAGUGCUGCUGUGAAUACAAACAUCCAAUUAGUGGGGAAUUAUGGUUUUGUCAUAGACCCAGCUAUCUGCCAUGCUCAGCCUGGGUGGACCAUGGCAUGGGAGGAUACCAAGCACAGCUGUCAAAACUGGACUCCACCCUGUUACACAGAAACUAUACCAAUAAAUAUCUACCUGGAGAUAUCACAGUGAGCGUUUCUCCUUGUGACCUGUGUUCAAGUAUGAGCGUGAAGUGUGUUCCAGGACUAGACACACCCUCACCAGCUGGGUUCUAUCUACAUGAUACCUGGACAUCACUGAUGUGCCAUGCCCAGUCUUUCCCCACAGCCAAUCAGAUUGCAAGUUGCUUGAAAGACAAGCAGGUUCUGAUGAUGGGAGAUUCCACACUAAGACAGUGGUUUGAGUAUCUGCUGAAAACUGUCCCAACACUCAAGAAACUAAAUCUUUACACCUCAGCCCAGUCUGGACCGCUUGAGGCUGUGGAUACAUGCAACAACAUUCGACUGGUGUGGAGAGCUCAUGGCCUUCCAAUACGGACAUUUAUGGUCCCCCGUGCUGAUUUACACUACAUCGCCUCUGAGGUGGAUGCCCUAGCUGGAGGCCAACACUCUGUUGUGGUCUUCACCAUCUGGGCUCACUUUACUACCUUUCCACUGUACACGUACCUAAAGAGGUUGGCUGGAAUCCGCAGAGCUAUCCAGGCUCUUCUCCAGAGGGCACCACAGACCCUUGUGCUGAUCAAGUCAGCCAACACGGGCUACAAGGACAUUUAUGGCAGCGAUUGGCUGUCAUGGCAGCUGGACUGUGCAUUGAGGGUGAUGUUUAGGGAGCUGCCGGUCGUGAUUAUUGACGUUUGGCAAAUGACGUCAUGUCACUACUCACCAGAUAACAUUCAUCCAUCUCAUGAAGUGAUAAAGAAUGAGGUAGAUCUAUUCCUCUCAUUUGUUUGUCCAAUAUGACAGACAGAUGUGGAGAGUGUACAGUGUAUUGUGACAAAGUAAUUGCCCCUGAUUUUCUUCAUUCUUGUGCUUUUGUCACAGUGAAUACUGUGUAAAAUGUAACAGUAGAUAAAAAGAACUUUUUAAACACAAAAAACAUUCUUUAAAUUAUUCUGUUUAUUUAAGGAGCAACAUGCAAAU